AAUUAUGAGAAUAACGCCAUUCAUGUGACCCAUAGGAAGGGCCUGAACCGCACCGAUAGGAUAGUUCUGGUGAACGCCUAUACGGACAUUGAGGGCAUCAAAGUGUUGGACAGAACUCGACAGAUAAACGGCACGAAUCGGUGUUUGGGCGCCAAAUGCACGCAUAUAUGCCUUCCCACAAAACUGGACUACCGGUGCGUUUGCUCGAAGAAUAGUAAUGUUUUCGCUGAUAUUUGCACGGAUGAGACGCCAACUUCGAGACCAGAGGUGACCACAACCACCACUACAACUGUGCCAUUGAUUGGGAAUACGGAUCCCAUUCAUAGUCAGAUCGUUGACCACAGUAUUCACUCAAAUAUGGCAAACAUAUCACACAAAUUGGAUACUUUAAUCAAUAAUACACUCUUCGGACCUGUUAUGGUACCGACUGAGUCCCAUAAUAACCACUGGAUUGCAGUGGCGUUGGUGUCCAUUGCUAUUAAUCUCAUUCUAAUCGCUGUUUUUAUUUACCGAAAGCGGAAAGUACCCUUUUCUGGCAACCUUUGGGCUAAAUUUCGAAAUGACCGGGAAGAAAUAUAUCUCAAUGAAACAUCCAAUGACCAUGAUGAAUUGUGAUUCAAUUGUGUAAUUAAGAUGUGAAUUAGUUUUUGUAUUUAUUUGUAUGUUUAUAUUUUAUAAUUGUUUCAAUUUUUAAAUUAAAAUACAUCAGGGAUUAAUAAUAAUUGACUACUAGCGAGUAAGCAUUUUCAUUAUUUAUCACAAUACUGUUUAAAAUAAUAUUAUUCAUAACAAAUAAAUAUACC